GUGCACUGCCCCUUCGACAGUCAGUCAGAAACAUGGCGCUACGGGAGCUGUCGUCGCUGGAGAAAUACUUAGGACUGAAAAAGCCCAACAAGUACAGUACACGGGGGGAUAAAAAGGUGCCUGUGCUACAGAAUAGUAAUGGUCCUCCACUGGUGGGGCUGGUGACCAUCGCCUGUCACCUAGUGAAAGAGGCGAAGCGCCCAGAGCUGCUGGGUGAUUCUGCAGAGAGCAGGGCUGUGGUACAGCAGUGGCUUGAGCACAGAGUCACCAAGCUGAAUGGCUGCACAAAGGAAGACAGCAAGACCAUCCUGAAGGACCUCAACCUCUACCUGCAAGACAAGGUCUACCUGGCUGGCAACCAGUUCACCUUAGCCGAUGCUUUCAUGUACUUUGGGAUCCAUCCUCUCCUAGUGGACUUGGCCAUCCAGGAGAAGGAGCAGUAUGUGAAUGUGACGCGAUGGUUUGACCACAUUCAGCACUACCCCGGCAUCCGACACCACCUCCCUCCCAUAGUUGUGCUCAGGAACAGAAUUUACACCGGCAGACACCACUGAGACCCGACUUGAACCCAGCCUGACUGGUCACAAGCUCAUCUGUCUUUCGGGCCAGACCAGAGUGUAUCACGCCAACAUCACAAUUUGAGGAUGUUUCCACAAAGUCACUUCUAUCCAAGACCUCCUUUUUAUUCCUGUUUUUCGGAUCAUGAUCCCUGCCUUCAUGUUUUGCCCUCGUUACAUACCUCAACUCUACUUGUUUGCUCUUUGGAUUUUUUUUUUAAUCUGGAAAAUCGGUAAAGGACAUUUUUAAGGGAACUAAUACUAAGGGAUUGCUUGCUAAUAAAAAUGUAGUUCAGUUACAUGUUAAGUGUUUUUAAUGAUUAUUGGCUGUUGCGCUGGGAGUGGAGGCAAGAAUCUCUCAUUCAGUCCUGCUAACACUAUUUAUAUGAAGUUUAAUGUCUCGACCCUUAUUCAGUUAUGAGGUAGGGAACAAGUGAGACACUUACGUUGGUCUUUUGUUUGUUUUGUUGGACGUUUUGUAGGACUUCACGGAGUCUACGUAUGUAUAGUUGUUUUCAAAGGGAAGUCUGUACAGGUUGCGGUGACGGGAAAUGCUGCUACCUUGUUUAUAGCGUGCUUCUAUUUAUAAAUGGUGGUUCUUUGUUUAAUCUGUGGCUUGAACAUGCGAUGACAAGUACUGCAGGUUCAAAGAAGACUUAAUAAGAUGUUACUUAACUGGCAGUACAUUAUGUCCUUAGGAAAAGCAGCUUCCUUCCUGUCAUUUUCAGCAACUGUUUGUCCAAAUAAAUGUGGUUGCUGGUUGAACAUCAUAA